AUGCAAAAGUGCCUCACACCAUCCCAAAGGGAUGUUGCUAUGAUUGCAGAAAUGAUUCAUUCUGCUUCUCUUAUACAUGACGAUGUCAUCGACCAAAGUGAUUUCAGAAGAGGAAAACCGUCCGUAAAUGUUCUUUGGAAUCACAAAAAGGUCACAAUGGCGGGGGAUUUUAUUUUGGCAGUUGCAUCAAUGAUGAUUGCAAGGUUGAGGGAUGAUAAAGUCACAUUGACUCUCAGUCAGGUCGUCACGGAUUUGGUUCAGGGAGAAUUCAUGCAACUCGGAUCGAAAGAAACGGAAAAUGAAAGAUUUGCACAUUAUUUAACGAAAACCUACAGGAAAACAGCGAGUUUGAUAGCCAACAGUGCAAAAGCAGUGGCCAUGUUGGCGGGAGCAGAUGAAUCAUUGUCGGAAGUUGCAUUCCAAUACGGAAGAAAUAUCGGUCUCGCAUUUCAAUUAGUCGAUGACCUUUUGGAUUUCGUGUCGUCUGCAGACGCUAUGGGAAAACCCACGGCGGCGGAUUUAAAAUUGGGACUCGCGACGGCUCCCGUUUUAUUCGCAUGCGAAAAAUAUCCGGAAUUGAACGCCAUGAUAAUGAGAAGAUUUCAAGAGCCCGGAGAUGUGGAUAAAGCAUUCGAAUUAGUUCACAAAUCCCAGGGGUUGGAACAAACGAGAUUUUUAGCAAAGAAACAUUGCAUGGAAGCCGUUAGAUUAGCUAACACUAUCGUUGAAUCCCCUUAUCAAAAAGGUCUUAUAGUCGUGAGCGAUUUCGUUUUGAACAGAAUGAAAUAA